ACGGACUUCCUGCUCCUCCCGUGAUGUCACGAGUGAGUGUGACGCCACAACGCGGAAGUCGCCGAAGUUUCGGGGGACCGUAGUUUGGUGACGGUGGUGGGGCAGGAGAGGAUGGCGCCGUCCGGGCUGAAAGCGGUGGUGGGAGAGAAAAUCCUGAGCGGUGUGAUUGCCAGUGUGAAGAAGGAUGGAGAGUGGAAGGUCCUGCUCAUCGAUCACACCAGCAUGCGCAUCCUGUCCUCCUGCUGUAAAAUGUCAGACAUAUUGGAUGAAGGCAUCACCAUCGUCGAAGAUGUGAAUAAAAGAAGAGAACCAAUUCCCAGCCUGGAAGCCAUUUACUUCAUCACUCCCAGCGAGAAGUCUGUCCGAGCUCUGAUAUCUGACUUCAAAGACCUAGGUGCUCCUUUGUACAAAGCUGUCCACAUUUUCUUCACCGACACUUGUCCAGAGAGCUUAUUUAAUGAACUGGGGAAAUCCAGAGUACCAAAAGUGAUCAAGACAUUAAAGGAAAUAAACUUGGCGUUCCUCCCAUACGAGUGUCAGGUCUACUGUCUAGAUGCAAAGGACUCUUUCCACACUCUUUUCAGCAAGGUAGAAAAGGAAGCUCGGAACAGAUGCCUGGACAUGCUGGCGGAACAGAUUGCCACGUUAUGUGAGACCUUAAAGGAGUAUCCAGCUGUCAGAUACCGCAGUGGCUAUGAGGACAACACCACCCUCGCUCACAUGGUGCAAGACAGGCUGAACGCUUUCAAAGCCGACAACCCCAGCAUGGGAGAGGGCCCAGACAAGUCCCGCUCCCAGCUUCUGAUUGUGGACCGUGGAUAUGACCCCGUGUCUCCUCUCCUGCAUGAGCUCACCUUUCAGGCCAUGGCUUACGACCUGCUAAAUAUUCAGCAAGAUAUAUACCAGUAUGAGACCACUGGCAUCGGAGACUCCCGUGAGAAGCAGGUCCUUCUAGAUGAAGAUGACGAUCUGUGGGUGCAGCUCCGCCAUAUGCACAUUGCAGACGUGUCCAAGAAAGUGACAGAAUUGUUGAGAUCUUUCUGUGAGAGUAAAAGAAUGACGACGGACAAGGCCAACAUCAAAGACUUGUCUCAGAUACUGAAGAAGAUGCCACAGUAUCAGAAAGAGUUAAAUAAGUACUCCACACACCUUCACCUGGCAGAGGACUGCAUGAAGCAUUUCAAAGGAGGCAUAGACAAACUGUGCGCUGUGGAGCAGGACUUGGCCAUGGGCUCUGAUGCUGAGGGUGAGAAAUUAAAGGAUCCCAUGAAGAUCAUUGUUCCUGUGCUUCUGGAUCCAGCCGUCAAACCUUAUGACAAGAUCCGUAUUAUCGUGCUGUAUAUUUACCUGAAGAAUGGUAUAACAGAGGAAAACUUAACCAAACUAAUCCAGCAUGCCAACAUACAGAGCGACAGCAACAUCAUUCGCAACCUACAGCGCCUGGGAGCCCGUGUGAUAUCCGGGCAGCCGUCCUCCACACCCAACAAACCCGACAGAAAGAUCCGGCCAGAGUCCACCUACCAGCUGUCUCGCUGGACACCAGCACUAAAAGACAUCAUGGAGGAUGCCAUUGAAGACAAGCUGGACAAGAAACAGUGGCCUUUUGUGUCAGAGCCCUGCAACCAAGUGAGCAGCUCUCAGACGGUGGUGAGUGCGCGGUUCGGUCACUGGCAUAAAACGCGCAGCGCGGCAGAAUACAGAUCAGGACCCCGACUUAUUGUCUAUGUCCUGGGAGGAGUUUCCAUGUCUGAAAUGAGAUGCGCCUAUGACCUGACCAAAGCCACGGACUCGAAAUGGGAAGUUCUGAUUGGCUCCACUCACAUAUUAACACCCACCAUGUUCCUGGAUGGCCUGAAGUCUCUGGACCAGCAGCUCCCUAAGAAUGAGUGAAUGCCUCCUCCAUCUUCUAUUUAAUUUCAAGCCCCUUUGGUUCAGAUCUUCACCCUCAUUCGUAACAUUCCAUAAGUCACACUUCGGCGAUGCCAACCUCUGAGGGCACCGACCAUGGGGACAUUCUCCGCUCUGCCAGUGUCCUCUCACCAUGGAGGGGCAUGCGUACCCCUUCUUUAUGUCAGUGGGGUCCACUCACUACCUUAUUAAACCCGGUUUUACCAGCGCACAAGGUUUCCUUACUCUCAGGGCCCUGGAAAAAUGAUCCUUCUUAGUUGUGUUUCUAUCAAAUGGUUAACCCAGUUUCGAUGAUAUAUAUUUUUGUAACCAGAGGGGGGAAAAAAGGUUUCUGAAGGAUAUUUAUAUUGUGAUAGUGUGCCUUACACAACCUGCUAUUCUGCCUGUCUGCAUACCCUCGCCUCCUGGGUCCACCCUCCAGACAUUUCAUGGCCUGUGCUUCAGAUCUGGGAAAGCUGAGUAAUAUAUAGUCUAUAGUGUCGUAUUUGUAUGUAAUUAUUUCUAUCCUGUAACUACAUGUGCACAAAACGGCUGGUCAAACUGUGUAAUAGCAACAAAAAAAA